AUGAAAAAUCAUACAAAAGAGAUAGAGUUUAUCCUUCUGGGACUGACAGAUAAUUCUCUGUUACAGAUCAUAAUUUUCUUAUUUCUGUUUCUAAAUUACAUGCUAAGUAUGAUAGGAAACUUAACCAUCAUUGCCCUUACUCUAUUGGAUUCUCACCUCAAGACCCCAAUGUAUUUUUUCCUCCAUAAUUUCUCUUUCCUGGAAAUUUCUUUCACAAGUGUUUGCAUCCCCAGUUUCCUAAUCACCAUUGUAACCAGAGAAAAGUCCAUUUCCUAUAAUGGCUGUAUAUCUCAGUUGUUUCUUUACAUAUUCUUGGGGGUUACAGAAUUUUUCCUUCUGGCAGCUAUGUCCUAUGACCAUUAUGUUGCCAUCUACAAACCUUUGCAUUAUACAUCCAUCAUGAGCAACAGAAUUUGUCAUCAAAUUGUACUCAGUUCCUGGGUAACUGGAUUUCUGGUCGUUUUCCCUCCACUGAUUUUUGCUCUUAACCUGGAUUUCUGUGCUUCCAAUAUCAUUGAUUAUUUCAUUUAUGACAUUUCUCCUGUCCUGCAACUUUCUCGCUCAGACACAUUUUUACUAGAACUGAUUGCUUUUUCCUUAGCUGUGAUGAUCCUCAUUGUCAUGUUGUUAUUAGUAAUCCUUUCUUAUUCUUACAUGAUCAAGACAAUUCUAAAAUUCCCUUCGGUUCAGCAAAAGAAAAAAGCCUUUUCGACCUGCUCUUCUCACAUGAUUGUUGUAUCCAUCAGUUUUGGUAGUUGUAUAUUCAUGUACAUAAAGCCAUCUGCAAAUGAAAGAGUCACUUCAAGCAAAGGAGUAGCGGUGCUCAAUACCUCAGUUGCUCCUAUGUUGAAUCCACUCAUUUAUACUCUGAGAAACCAGCAAGUUAAACAAGCCUUCAGAGAUGUGUUUAGUAAGAUAUUUUCUGCUUCGGAUAAAUAA